UUUCUUCAAUUCCGAUCCCCAAUUUCAUCUUCCCACAAUUCUCCAAUCAAUUCCGCCACCGUCCCACGGAGGAGUAGCAGUAUCCAGUAUCCACUAUGCAGGCCGUAAAAGCUGGAACCCGACCGCCGUGGGUUGGCUUCGCCGCCGCUGUUUGGGUCGGAAUCUCCGCCGGAAACUCCUACUGUUUCCCUCUUUACUCCCAUUCUCUGAAAACCGUACUGGGUUUCUCUCAACAACAGCUCACGAUUCUUGGUGUUGCUAAUGAUUUUGGGGAAAACACCGGAAUUCUUCCCGGCAUUGCCUGCAACUAUUUUCCGCCUUGGGUGGUGCUUCUCGUCGGAGUUUUCUCGUGUUUCUUCGGCUAUGGCGUCAUCUGGCUUGCGAUUUCUCAGACUGUUGUUAAUAUGCCUUAUUGGGUUCUAUGGAUCGCACUUGUGCUUGCCGCUAACAGCAGCGCGUGGUUGGGUACUGCCGUGAUCGUUACAAACCUAAGAAACUUCCCGCUCAGCCGGGGCACCGUUGCCGGGCUUCUCAAAGGCUACAUUGCCCUCAGUGCCGCGGUUUUCACAGAAGUUUGCACGAUGCUGCUUAACGGAUCAGCACCGGCAAUCGUGCUCGUUUUUACACUCGGUAUUCCCGUUAUAUGUCUUACCUUAAUGUAUUACGUUCGACCUUGUACUCCGGCUUCUGAAGCCGACCCGUCGGAAAAUGGCCACUUCUUGUUCACCCAAGGAACGAGUCUAUUACUUGCAAUCUUUCUUUUAUCGACAACGAUCCUUAAAAACACCUUGAAUCUAAAUGAUACGAUCUCGUACACGUUUAUCGCGAUCAUGGUGGUUCUUUUACUAUCCCCGCUUGCAAUUCCGAUCAAAAUGACGCUUUUUCCGGCGAGAAAGAAGCUUCUCCGACCAGCGGAGUCCUCGGACAGUCUGGUUUCGGUGGAAGGCGAUUCAAAAACCGAUCCUUUGUUGACGCCGUCAUCUUCGGCCGCGAAUCUAACAAGCUUCCAUGAGAGUGAUUCCGAGGUGAAUAUGCUUCUUGCGGUCGGAGAAGGUGCGAUCAAGAAGAAAAGAAGGCCGAGAAGAGGGGAGGAUUUCUCGUUUCAUGAAGCCAUGAUGAAAGCCGAUUUCUGGCUUCUAUGGAUGACGUACUUUCUUGGCGUCGGCUCGGGAGUCACGGUUCUCAAUAAUUUGGCGCAAAUCGGAGCUUCGCUCGGCUUCGAUGAUACGAACACGUUGUUAAGUUUGUUCAGCUUCUGCAAUUUUCUCGGCCGGCUUGGUGGCGGUGCCGUUUCCGAGUACUUCGUAAGAUUAAACACGAUCCCACGAACAUUUUGGACGAUGGUAACGCAAAUCAUCAUGGUGUUAACGUAUCUUCUGUACGCAUCGGCUCUAGACGGAACGCUUUACGCUGCAACAGCGUUACUCGGAACCUGCUACGGUGUUCAAAUCGCGAUCAUGAUCUCAACAUCUUCCGAGCUUUUCGGAUUGAAAAACUUCGGGAUCAUCUUCAACUUCAUGCAGCUCGGAAACCCACUUGGCGCACUUCUCUUUUCGGGUAUGCUCGCGGGUUACAUUUACGACACCGAGGAAGCAAAGCAAGGCACGUCGAGUUGCAUGGGACCCGCGUGUUUUCGGUUCACGUUUCUCGUUCUGGCUUGUGUUUGUGGUGUAGGAACCAUCUUGAGCUUGAUCUUAACCCUAAGAAUUAGACCGGUUUACCAAAUGCUUUAUGCUGGCGGUUCGUUUCGUUUGCCGCAAAGCGCUGGCCAUCGAUGAUGAUCGGGUUUUAGCGAUCAUCGAUGGUCUGUCAAAGUUUCGACCAAACGAUACGUUCUUCACGGUGCGUUUGCGAUGUUAUGUGUUUGUUGUAACAAUGCUUAAGAGAAUUCAACAUUUGUUUUGUUUAAAAGGUUAUAUAUGAGUAUUGUAUCCAUGCCCGUCAUGUAAAAAUCGAGCUUUUUCGCAAGUUUUUUGUACGAAAAGAUUCACAAAUACGUAUUAAUUGUAGUUUCGUAA